CACCUGCAGCUGAUCCGGCAGGAGCUGGCCGUGUGCCCCUCGCAGCUGAGUGCCUUCCUGGACGCCCUGCGCCCGUACCUGCGGGCACGCUGCGGCGAGGAGCUGCUUCCAGUGACAUCGCCGCCCGUGAGGCUGUCAGACGGCGCCACCUUCGUCAUCUACGAGUUCUGGGAGACGGAGGAGGAGUGGAAGAGGCACCUGCAGAGUCCUGAGGGCAAGGCCUUCCGGCACGCCAAGGUGGACGCGCUGAGCCAGCCCGAGGCCCUCUCGCGGAUCGCCGUGCCAGGUACGGGAGGGGAGGCCACCCCCCUGGGGGGGUCAGGGAGUAUCCUUGUCCCCACACACGCUGCUGCCACUGCGGACAGCGGCCAGGGAAACAGCAGGAGAGCCGUGACCCUGUAG